CUAAACAGGCCGGGGGACGGGGCAUCGUCAUCGGGUGAAGCAGUGGCCGCGCUCCGAUGUGACUGGGCUCAGUCACAAGUUGGUCCUCCCAGCUGAGGCUCCGGAGAAGAAGUUUGCUCUGUUGGUUGGUGACUCCCAUUUACGUGCUAUCGUAGAUGGCUUUGUCACCAUGCCAGAGGGCAAGUUCUCCUUUGGGUUCCUUGCAACCCCCGGGGCCUCUGCGGCUCAGUUGAGGCGUGAGGUGCAGAAGGCAGUUCUACCCCGGACUCCCGAGGUAGUCUGUCUGUUAGCACCCAGCAACAACUUGACCGCCAGCAGGACACCAGAGGAGGCAGCUGUGGACUUUGACAACUUGCUGACCACCAUCUGCAGCCGCUGGACUAAUGUGGUUGUUGUGGACUUUCCUCCACGUCUUGUUGUGGAGGAAAGUCUGCAGCUUCUGCUGCGACAGGCGUACCACCGGGUGGCUGUUAGGAGAAGUGUUCGGUACCUUUCUGUCGCUGAAUACUUCCCUCUGAGUCGUCUGGAGCUGUGGAGCAAGGAUGGCGUUCACCUGAGCGACAGUCCUGGGAUGGAGGUUCUUGCCCAGUUGCUGUGGGUUGCCACCUACACGCAGCUGGAAGCAAGUGAACCGAAAUCUCCAGCUCCUGUGAUGGCCUCCCCUCCCCCGGUCAGAAGUUCCCCCCCUUCUAGGCUGGUGGUGGUCGGCGAGGUGGCUUCUCCACAUCUUUCCAACCCCUUCGAAUGGACACUCGUGGAAGGUGGCCAAAAGCAGCAGGUCCAGGGUGAUGUCAGUCCACACACCAGCAAGAGGAUGGUUGACCAACAGGGAGACCUGCUGGACUCUUCCAUUCCUCCAAAUCCUGUGUGGUUCAGCCCGGCGUUGCUGGAGGAGAUGGAUCGGAUCGUCCCCUCGUCUGGCUGUGACUUCCUGGAACCCACUUGUGCUCCGAAGGGGAAGAAGACCGAGGGAGCGCUGCCUGACAAGACCAGGCCCGUCCAUCACCAGCCAAGGAGAGAAGUCCCUCCGACCGAGGACUGUGCGCUGGAACCUGCCGUUUGCGGUUCACCAGUCCGGUCUGUGAGGGCUACACAUUCCCAGGCGGACAGGAAAUAUGGUAUUUUUUCACGUAACCAUCAGUGUGCAUGCAUGGCUCUGACCUUUUUGGCUUAUCACAAUGAGGGGUUGCAGUUUGACAAAGUGUUACUUGACAGAGUGCUUGAAAAAGGAGAUGCACUGUAUGUUGGUACAAAACAGCAGCUCAUGUUGGAUGGUACAUUUACUGACGAUCACUUGACAGUGGAAGAGAUGCCCAGACAAGUGUUGACGGACAGGAACAUCUACACUGUACACACAACAGGUAUUAGAGUUGGUUAUGUCUUCCGUCAUAAUGACAGCCCUCCAACAUCGAGACGGUUGGGUUUGGAUCUUGCCUCACAACUGGAGUGCCUGUCUGAAAAUGUGACCCAUGCUUUCCUUCUGGUCACCCCAGAGUUCAUUGCAGUUUUCCGUGACGGAGACGGUAGGUUUGGAGUUUUCGAUUCUCACUCACGGAAUUCAGCAGGCCUCCCCCACCCCAACGGAACAGCAAUAAUGAAGACUUUUAGCAACUUGACGCUAAUGGUCCAGCAUCUUUACAAACUCUUUCAAAACCGCGGCCCCCGUGCUAGUUAUGAGUUUGUCCCAGUCGGAUUUGUCAAUGAUUGUGAUGAUGCCCCUCCUCCCAUGUUGGACUCUGUGAAUAUUUCACCAGGACCCACAGAAGCAAGACCAGAGGUGCAAAAACCAGAAAGCACUUCUGACCAAGAGGAAAUGCCACCUUGGCUUUGUGAUGUAGCCAACACAGUAGAGGAAACCUUCCCAACAGUCCCAGAUGUGACCAAAAUGCCUAAAGCCAGGAGGCAAAAGGUAAAGCAAAGGAUCCAAGCACAAUUCAAACAAAGUACAUCCAAAAAAGAAAGGUAUGACACAUAUCCAACCUUCAACUUAACAAAACAACAAGCCUUGAAAAAAAGAGAUUUCCGGCAACAAGACCACAGGAAGGACCAGAUCACCAGCAAAUACAAGACUGACCCUGCCUUUCGUUUGAGACAAAUUAAUUACGUAAAGGAAAGAUACAGGACUGAUCGCGCCUUCAGAACAAGACAGAAAAUGUACAUAGGGAGCCAUCUAAGAGCAAAAUACAACAAGGAUCCUUCCUACCGAAGCCAAAAAAGAGAAUAUAUCAGGGCACGUUACAGCAACAAUCCCACCUACCGCGCCCGACACAACAAAUACGUGACAGAACACUAUAGCAACAAUCCCGCCUACCGAAGCCGACAGAAAAAAUAUGUGACACAACACUACAGCAACAAUCCCGCCUACCGAAGCCGACAGAAAAAAUAUGUGACACAACACUACAGCAACAAUCCCGCCUACCGAAGCCGACAGAAAAAAUAUGUGACACAACACUACAGCAACAAUCCCGCCUACCGAAGCCGACAGAAAAAAUAUAUCAAGUUAAGAUAUGAAGAUCCCAACUUCAGAGCCAGACACAAAAGACUCAUGAGGAAGUAUAUGAGCGAAAAGUAUCGCACCAAGUUAGCAUUCAGGGUUCAACAUAUUAAAAAAUGUACCAUCAACAAGAAACUAAAGCUGUCAAAGGAAGCGCUUUCCAACCAUUGGAAAUUGCGGUGUGCUCUGCGAAUUCGUAGGAAAUACAGGAGGAACUUUGGCAACCACCAGGAAGCUCCAAAGCCUCAGAUCAGCCCAGAAAUGAACGCAGCAAUAAAGAAAUUCCAGGACAGAAUUCGCCAUGGACCCACAUACGUCUGCACGGUGUGCCACAGAGCUCUCUUCCCAGGUCAAGUGAAACAUUGUAACAGGGGUAAGUAUAAAAAGAACAUGAGAGUGGUGGCUGAGUGCUUAACGGGUACUUAUGUACACGUCUGUGGAUCUGCAUGCUCUGCCCCAUGUUCUGUACCUGAGGACAGGAUGCAGGAAUGGAUCUGCUACACAUGUGACAACCACCUAUUUAGAGGAGGGAUGCCACCAAUCGCCGCUGCAAAUGGCUUGCAUCUGUCACCCAUUCCCCCGGAGCUUGCUGGGCUGAAUGUGCUGGAAAGGCAGCUAAUAUCCAAAAUUAUCCCAUUUGCAAAGAUCGUUUCUUUGCCAAAAGGACAGCAAAAAGCAGUACAUGGAGCUGUUGUAUGUGUUCCUUCUGAGAUGGAAACAACUGUCAACAGUCUCCCACGGCCCAGCACAGAAGCCCAGCUCUUACAGGUCAAGCUGAAGAGAAAAAUAAAAUUCAAAGGACAUCAGUACUUCUACACCGUCAACAUGAAGAAUGUGCUGGCUGGUCUGGCCACACUUAAACGGACCCAUCCCGAUUACAGGGAUGUUACUGUAAACGAAAGUGCUGCCUUUGAUUUUCAAGAGGAUGAGCCAACCGAGGAGUCUAUCCCUGAAUCUGACCAUGAUUCGGAUGUGGCAACGGAACAACAACCUGAGCACAUAGGGGAAGAGCAUCAGGCUCUUCGGCCUGGUUUAGUCUUGGACACCUGUAUGCAGCCCCCCGACCUGGCACAGGAAGUCCUUUCUUAUGGAGAUGGUAUUUUCAGCAUCGCUCCUGCCCAAGGAAACAAACCUGUUUCCUUCUUCGGUGUUCCCAGGCUUGAAUCCAUGGCUUACCCUGUGCAAUUCCCCACUGGAAGAAACACCUUGGAUGAAGCCAGGCGAGUCAAGCUGUCUCCGAGUAUGUAUUUCAAUGUACGUCUUUUCUCGGUAGACACUAGGUUUGCGGCAGACCAGAGCUAUCUUUUCUUUGCUCAGUUUGUCACUGAGACCCACAUGGCCAACAACAGCAUGUCUAUCCAAACACGGAAAGGGAAACCGACGACCAAAGAUGGACGGAACAUUUCCAGUAAAAUGCUCCAGGAUAAAGAAGAGGUGGAAACGCUAAUCCAGAAUAAAGAGGCCACCCGUUUCAUGCAACCGUUACGAGGCACUCCAGCUUAUUGGGAAAAAGGCCUCCGUGAUUUGCAUGCCAUGGUUCGGCAGCUUGGAAAACCUACCUUCUUUGUGACCUUCUCCGCGGCUGAAAUGAGAUGGCCAGAGUUCAUUGAGGCCAUCAAAGCUCAGCAUGGAGAACAGGUAGCGUUUUCAGAUCUUGACUGGAAUGCAAAGUGCGAUAUUCUUAGAAGCAAUCCGGUCACUGUCAUGCGCAUGUUUGAGAAGAGAGUGGACGCGCUUUUCACAGACCUCAUUCUUUCCCCAGCACAGCCUCUUGGACCUGUUGAGGAUUACUUUUAUCGUGUGGAGUUUCAGGCAAGGGGUUCACCUCAUAUACAUGCAGUGAUCUGGAUUAACGAUGCACCCGAGAUGGAAGACCCGGCAUGUUGCGAUGGAGUCAUAAAUUUCAUCGACCGCUACAUUUGCUGUCAACUGCCCGAUGAAACCGCAGACCCCGAGCUCCAUAAAAUUGUCAAGGAGGUUCAGAUGCACAGCAGAAAGCAUUCGAAAUCGUGCAAGAAAGGAAACGUCGAAUGCCGAUUUGGAUUCCCCAAACUACCGAUGGAAAGAACCACGAUCACUGUCCCUCAGUUCGAUUUGGAUUUGGAAGAUGACGUGAAAAAAGCUGAGCAAGUAAAGGAAAAGAAAGGUCGGAAGAAGUCCAAAAAAUCCAGAUCCAGAAUCAUCUCUACACUACAAACGGUGGCUAAGAAGAAGCUGAAGCCUGUAAGGGAUUUACUUAUGGACGAAAAAUCAUCUUUCAAGGAUUUGUCGGAGCUACUCCAGGCUUGUAACAUGACCAGGCAGGAAUACAGGUACUAUGUUGACGCUCUCACUUCUGGGAUGGUGGUAAUGAUGAAGCGGGACCCCAGGGACACUUGGGUAAACGGUUACAACCCAGUUCUCCUCCGUGCGUGGAAUGCCAACAUGGACAUUCAGUAUGUGCUUGAUGAGUACAGCUGCAUCGAGUACAUGAUGUCCUACAUAGCCAAGCCAGAGCAUGAAAUGGCACAGUACCUCAAGUCUGUCGUUGAGGAUCUGAAGAAGUCCAAUGUCAACCAGCAGGAUGAGAUGAAGAAGAUCAUGCAGGCUUAUUCAAAACAACGAGAGGUCAGUGCUCAGGAGUCUGUAGCACGCACCUGCAGUCUACCUCUUAAGAAGUCGUCACGUAGUGUCAUUUUCAUUCAAACGGGUGAAGACGCUGUGAAAAUGAGUCUUCCAAUGAGCAGACUCAUGAACAUGGGCCCAGAUGAGGAGGAUAUCUGGAUGAAAGGAUUGCCAGACAAAUACGUCAACAGACCUCAAAAUGUGGAAUUUGAAGACGUGUUUGGCUGUAUUUGUCUCUGAAUACAGGGUCCUGUAUGGUAGGCAAAUUGAAGGACCCAAUGCAAUCCCUCUCUUAAACGAAGCCGGAUACAUCCAGAAGAGAACAGUGGGAAAGCCAGCCGUCAUUAGAUUCACUCGUUUCUCCGAAAAGAAACAGCCGGAAAAAUUUUACAGGCGGCUCCUGAAGUUGUACUUGCCACACAGGAGCGACGAGGAUCUCAAAAGUCAGGAACACCCAUCUUAUGAAACCUUCUACAACAAUGGACGUCACCGUAGGUGGAGUGUCAAACAAUGGGUAGACUUUAAUCGGAAGAGGUAUGAAGGACAAGGGAAAAAAAUCGACAAGAUCAUGGAAAAAAUGAAAAAGCAAGGACCAGUUCGGAAUGCUUGGAACACUUUUGCGCCCGAGGUUGAAGUCGAGCGUUUGGAAUGUGUUGCGCAGCGGCCAGUGGUGGAACAAGACGAAGAGCAGGACCCGGUUCCCGAAUACCAAAUGGAUGUAACCCUGCCGGCGAUUGAAGUACCUAAACUGAGCCCUGACUUUGUGCGACAAAUGUUCCGCAGUUUAAACCAGACUCAGUCAUCCAUAUUCUAUGCCAUUCGUCAUUGGUGCCUGCAGCGUGUCUGGGGUCAGAACCCAGAACCCUUCUUUUACUUCUUGACGGGAGGAGCCGGGUGUGGUAAAUCGCAUGUCAUCAAAUGCGUUUACCAGGAGGCAACUAAGCUUUUGCGUCAGCUUCCUAGAUUGCGGGAUGUCGGUGACAUGUCUCAGCCCACUGUGCUCCUCACCGCUUUCACUGGGACUGCGGCGUACAACAUUUCAGGCAAGACUUUGCAUUCCAUCUUGAAGCUCCCCAAAAGCUUGAAGCCACCUUAUAAGGGACUUGGAAAUGCCCUGGAUGAGGUCAGAGCAGUUCUUUCCAAUGUGGAGAUCUUGAUUAUUGAUGAAAUCUCCAUGGUUUCUAAAGAACUAUUGGCAUAUGUUCACUGGAGAUUUCAGCAGAUCAAAGGGAACACAAGGCCGUUUGGUGGGGUCUGUGUUCUUGCGGUGGGAGACUUUCACCAACUGCCCCCCUUGGGAGCUUCAAGACCUCUUUGUGUCAUGGAGGAUGGUGUACUUGAUCUCUGGAAUGAGAAUUUCUGCCUAGUAAGUCUAACCGAAAUCAUGCGGCAGAAGGAUGACAAAGUCUUUGCUGAGCUGCUUAACCGGCUUCGCGUCAAAAGGAAAGCUGAUGAUCUCAGUGAAGAGGACAGAGCUUUGCUGACGCGGUGUGUUGCAGAUCCCAAGGAUUGUCCCUUGGAUGUGUUGCACAUAUUUGCAACCAACAAACAGGUGGACGCACACAACGCUGCGGUGGUUGCCUCUUUAGGUACAGCGAUUGUGGACGUUCACGCAGAGGACUACAGGAGAGAAACCAAAACAGGAAACAUGGUUAGUUUGGGCAGUUGCGUUAGGGGCAAAAGUCGAGAUUUGCGCGACCACAUACAAGCUGGAUUGGGUAUUAGAGUUAUGAUAACGAGGAACCUGGAUGUAGAGGAUGGCCUGGUGAAUGGAACCUUUGGAACAAUAGCCGACAUCGUUACGGACACCAUAGACGGAACGGUAACUGUGAAACUGAUCGGACUGAGACUGGACAAUUCCACGGCUGGACGGACCAAAAGGAUGCGUGGUAAACCUGACGACUUGGUAUACGUUGAGAGAUUCAAGGAGCAAAGCAGCAUAAAAGGAGUGGUGCGACGGCAGUUUCCACUUAAAUUGGCCUUUGGGUGUACGGCACACAAAGUACAGGGGAUGACCAUGCAGUCGGCAGUUGUUUCUUUAAAACGUAUCUUUGAACCUGGCAUGGCUUAUGUGGCAUUAAGCCGUACCACUUCUUUGGAAGGGCUUAAAAUCAUCGACUUUGAUGAGAAGAAGAUCUACGCUGAUGAAAGUAUCACAGCAGCUAUGGAUACGAUGAGGCGAGCAUCGUUCUUGAACACCAGCCCCCUGCUGCAUUUCCCAUCAAGUCCUCAGCACACUACAUUGAAAAUCGUCCACCACAAUGUCGAAGGUCUUGUGUGUCACUAUGAGGACAUGAAGCACCAUCAUGAACUGGGAUUGGCCGAUAUUCUGUGUCUUACGGAAAGUCAUUUGUUUGGAUCUUCUUGUCCAGCUUCUUUGCAUAUGGAGGGUUAUUGUUUGUUUGCGCGCAACAGACAUGUCUCCUACUCUAGCAGAGCUGACAUUGCUACCAAGGAAGGGGGGGGAGUAGCAACUUACUGCAGGAGCAUUCUCCAACCUGAAGAACGGAGAUACUUUCACAAUGUUACAGAUCUUGAGUACAAUGUGAUUAGAUUGGACGCUCCGAUAUCCGUCCUUGUUGCUACAGUUUACAGGCCACCCAGUUAUGAUCUUGCCAGCUUCCUGAAAAACAUUCACAGCUUCUUAGAUGGUCUUAAUUAUUUUGAUAUUCAGCCGGUUGUUGUAUUGGGAGACUUCAAUGAGGAUCUUCUCUCUCCGGGAAGAAAAGCAAUCAAGGAGUUGUUUGAAAUCAAAGGGUUCACCCAGCUCAUCUCGGAUCCAACAACGGAAAAGCGCACCCUGAUUGAUCACAUUUACAUAUCUCGCCCAGAAUAUUGUGUCCAGUCAGGUGUGUUGCAGACGUAUUACAGUUACCACAACCCGGUAUACUGUAUUUUGUCUUCUUUCUCAGCUGCUGCCUCUCCUUGACUUUGUGAAGUGGAAAAUGUGAUUGGGCAGGACUAUGUUGCUUUGUUCUUGAUUUAAUAGUCCCCAAUCACAUAGCACAGUUGACUGUUAAGGCCCUCUUAAUAGUUUGAGUCUAACCAUGAGCCUGCACUUGUGCAACUUUUUGCUGAGCAAUGACUGCUCUCAAUAUGUUUUAUGGCACAAUUUGUUUCUCUUUCUUAGCAGUGCUCCCAUUAGACUUUCCUUUGGUGGUGGUUGUUGUUGUUGUUGUUGAUGAGCCACUACUUGUACAGAGCUAUGCAGAGCACCGUGUUCCAGAAUGGCCAUUUUCCGCUCCGUUUAUUAUCUGGGAAUGUGUAUUUAUUUCUCCUCUCCGGAGUCUUCUCAUCUUAUGUCUGCUGCAGAAUCUUCUCCUAUCUCUGCUGCAGACUUUUCUCCUAUCUCUGCUGCAGACUUUUCUCCUCAUCUCUGCUGCAGACUUUUCUUCUAUCUCUGCUGCAGACUUUUCUCCUCAUCUCUGCUGCAGAUUUCUCUCCUAUCUCCUGCAAACUUUUCCCCUUCAUUUCUGCUGCAGACUUUUCUCUAUCUCUGCUGCAGACUUCUCUCCUAUCUCUGCUGCAGACUUUUCUCCUCAUUUCUGCUGCAGACUUUUCUCCUAUCUCUGCUGCAGACUUUUUCCUCAUCUCUGCUGCAGACUUUUCUCCUAUCUCUGCUGCAGACUUUUUUCCUCAUCUCUGCUGCAGACUUUUCUCCUCCUAUCUGCUUUCUCUACUUUCCGCCCUGUGCAUGCUUCAGCCUCUUCUCCCUGUCUCUUUUUUUCCCCAAGUGUUAGUCUCUUUUGCAGGUUGCGCAAGGUGAAACGCAUAGGUUGGUGCUUGGUGAACGUGAAGAUUAACCUGGUAGACCUGGAAGGCAACCCACCAUUUGCAGCAAGGUCAUGUUGGAUGCUGAGGUCUAUCAGGAGGAGUUCUUUGUCAACAUUUAAAGCUUUUGAGUAGAAUUUGCACUGGACUGAGUUUGCCGUGGACUAAAGGAGAGACCAGAUUGCCCUGUGACUGGCCGUAGUCUUCAGUUGGGCUUGCCAACCCACGGUGUAGACAAGAAGAUUGACCAUCCCAUUGAAUCCUGUGUGGUUUAGCCCAAAGUUGCUGAAAGAAGUGGACCUGAUCGUUCCUGCCUCUGGCUGUGUCACUCCGCUACCUACAUCUUCUCCAAGGGGGAAGAAG